GCUAAAUAGUUUAAUCAUUACACUUUUAUAUGUCUAUAUUUUUAUACAUAGACAUUUUAGUCAUCUCUUUUAUCAGCAGUUUCUCUAAAGUAUGUUAGUUUUUUGUUAAUGAUAUUAGUUUUAUUUUCUCCAAAGAUGUGUACAAAAUUUUAUCUUUUCAGCCCUCAAAUACUGAUUUUGAACAUUAUUUUGCAAAGCGUACUAAGUGGUUGGUUAGUUGAGAUAGUGGAAUAUACAGCUCUUGACCAUCUUUCCUUUCCCGUCAGUACCAGCUUUCAUCAUACAAUUUCCUCUUAUCACUUUGGUCAAGAGGUGGGGCAGAAAAUUUAGAGUUAGAGUAUCAUUCGAAGACAAUUUAUUUCUGCCUUUCAUGUUAUAGCCCCUAAGGGAUCCAGGACUGGAAAGGCCAGCUUCUCCCUCAUUUUGAAAUCAGUUUUAUCCACCUGCACCACUGCAUAGCACAGAUACAGAAACCAUCCUAUUGCAGGAUUUGAAUGCAAAACUUAUUUUCUUACUCUAAAGAUGAAUGAUCGGGGAGAGAUUUAUGCAACCCUGAGAUUUUCGCAGUCUCCUUCAGAGUCACAGAAUAGAUUAAGGCCUGAUGAUACUCAAAGGCCUGGGAAAACUGAUGACAAAGAAUUUUCAGUGCCCUGGCGUCUCAUUGCAGUGACUCUUGGGAUCCUCUGUUUACUUCUUCUGAUGAUAGUCACAGUGUUGGUGACAAAAAUCUUUCAGUGUAUUCAAGAAAAACAUCAACAGCAGGAAAUUCUAAGAAACUGUAGUGAAAAGUACAUCAUACAAAAUGACAACUACUUAAAAGAGCAGAUUUUGAGAAAUAAGACUUUAAAAUAUGACAUUCUCAAAAAUGACAGCUUUCAGCAGAAAAAGGAACUGGAUUCACUCCUUAUACAAAAGAACAGAUGUCGUAGAGAAAAUGAGAUCAUUUUUAAUGAGAUCAUUUUAAAAGUUUUGCAAAAUACAGGCAAAUUCUCUGAAGACCACUGGUCCUGUUGUGGAGUAAACUGUUAUUAUUUUACCAUGCAGAAGAAAGACUGGAAGGGAUGUAAACAGAUUUGUCAACAUUGUAGAUCAUCCCUUUUGAAGAUAGAUGACACAGAUGAACUGGCCUUCAUUCAAUCUCAGAUUUAUGAAAAUAAUUACUGGAUUGGAUUAUCAUAUGAUGAAAGGGAAAGUAAGUGGAAAUGGAUUGAUAAUGGCACAUCUCCUGGAAUUAAUUCUACAAUAAUGCAUUUUUCUUCUGGGAGAGGAGAAUGUGCGUUUUUGACCUCAACAAGAAUGGCAACUAUUGAUUGCAUUCAAACGUACAAUUGUAUCUGUGAGAAGAGAACUGACUCUAUUUUCUCUGAUUCAGUGUGCACCAAGAAGAAAAGGUGAAAAAGGAAUGUUUUCUUUUUUUGUUUCCUAUAAUAAUUUGUGAUUAUAAAUCAUUGCUUUUAACUGCAGGACUUAGUUAAUUCUUCAAAAAAUAAAGAUUAACAGGAAAAAAAAGAAAAUUAUUUUGAACUAUGACUUUAAAGAUCAGAUGCCAUCUUUCUUCCUGGAGAAGAGGAGAUUUUCUCUUUUGAGAGUGGUUGCUCCUUCCUUUAAUAUCCCUGAAGAAUUAUUCAUUCUUUCUAAUUCUCGGAACUACCUAUACAACCAGUUAGAGAACUCUGAUAUUAUAUCCUGGGUCUUUUUCUUAUCAAUAGGAUAAAUCAUUCCAGCAUCUUCUGGUUUUGAUAGCAGUUGUGAACUAGAAUGUAGUCAUUUUCUUCCCAUCUAGAAGUUACCUCAUUUUUUAAAACAUUUGUUUUGCUUCAAAAUAUAACUUCAAACUUACUGAAAGUUGCAAGCAUAGUAUAAGGAACUUCUAUAUAACCUUUACUCAUACUUAUUAGUUGUUUAUAUUUUGCUCUGCUCUAUGUUUCUCUCUCUCUAUCUUCCACUUAAUAAUAAAUUGAGGACUUCAUGUCCCUUUGUCUAAAUAUUUUUCAAGAUCAAGGGCUUUGUUUUAUAUAAUCACAGUGCAAUUAUCAAACUCAGGAAAUUUAGCAUUAGUACAGUACUAUGAUCUAAUCUGUAAUCCAUGUUCAAAUUUUGUCAAUUGUCCCAAUAAUGCCAUUUAUACGUAUUUCUUAAAAAUCCAUGUUCAGGAUAAUGCAAUGCAUUUGAUUGUAAUGUCUCUUUAGUCUCCUUUAAUCUGAAACAGUUCUUUAGGCUUUUUCUUGACCUUGACAUUUUAAAAAUUAACUUUAUUGAGUUAUACUUUUCAUGCAAUAAAAUGCACUCACUUUAAGUCAUGAGGAAUAUGGGUUUUAACAUAUAUAUGUAUACACACACACACACACACAUAUAUAUAUAUCUUACACAGUAUGAAAUCGAGAUAUAGAAUACUUUCAUCAUCUCUAAAAGUUCCUUUCUGCCCUUCGCCACCCACUUUGCCCCAGGCAACCAGUGAUAUGCUGUCUAUCUGCAAAUUAGUUUACCCUAGUCUAGAAUUUAAUGCAUCAUGUACUCUUCUGUAUCUGGCUUAUUUUUACUCAGCAUGUUUUUGAAUUUUAUCUAUACUUUUGUGUAUCGGUAUUUCGUUCUUUUUCUUACUAGGUAGUAUUCUAUUGUACACAUAUACCACAGUUUGUUUCUUCAUUCACCUGUGGACAUUUGAUGUGUUUCCAGUUUUUGGCUAUUGUGAAUAAAGGUGCCAUGAACAUUUG